GGGCUGAGCCUGCGGCCAGACGCCUGGCGCCCCUCUGCUAGCCUCCCUCGCCCGGCCACCUCCUCCUGCGCAUUUUCCUCCUCCUCCUCCUCCUCCCACGCCUCUUCCGUUUCUGGAGGGGAAGGCUGCAACCUCCUUCUCGGCUCCGCAUCCCCGGCUUAGGUAAUACGUUUUCCUGCUUAACGCCCCCCUCGCCGCGACGCCACUGCGUCCCUCCUCCUCGGAUCUGGAUCCCCGGGCUGGGCGAACAGCCCGCACCCCAUCGCCUCUCCGGACCCUAGCUGACGGCCCAGAGGGUGGGUCCUGAUUCCACCAGCAGCUGCAACUGAACAGCAAGGUUCAGAAAUGUCAGCUAUCCUCCGGGAGCUGCUCCGUGUCUCUGAGAAAGCUGCCAAUAUCGCCCGGGCGUGCAGGCAGCAGGAAGCCCUCUUCCAGCUGCUGAUAGAAGAAAAGAAAGAGGGAGACAAGAACAAGAAGUUUGCAGUUGACUUCAAGACCCUGGCUGAUGUACUGGUACAGGAAGUUAUAAAACAGAAUAUGGAGAACAAGUUUCCAGGCUUGGAAAAAAAAAUUUUUGGAGAAGAAUCCAAUGAGUUUACUAAUGCUUUGGGGGAAAAGAUUAUCUUGAGACUGUGUCCAACAGAGGAAGAAACAGUAGAGCUUCUUAGCAAAGUCCUUAAUGGUAACAAGUUGGCAUCCGAAGCAUUAGCCAAGGUGGUUCACCAGGAUGUCGCCUUUACUGACCCAACUCUGGAUUCGAUGGAGAUCAACAUUCCACAGGACAUUUUGGGAAUUUGGGUGGAUCCCAUAGAUUCAACUUAUCAAUAUAUAAAAGGUUCGUCAGACAUUGAAUCCAACCAAGGAAUCUUCCCCAGUGGACUUCAGUGCGUCACCAUUUUAAUUGGUGUCUAUGACAUACAGACAGGGGUGCCCCUGAUGGGAGUCAUCAACCAACCUUUUGUAUCACAAGACUUAAACACCCUCAGGUGGAAAGGACAGUGCUACUGGGGCCUUUCUUACAUGGAGACCCAAAUCUAUUCCCCUCAGCCUCCCAACUCGAAAAAAUACAGCAGUGACGCACAGAGCCAGCUGACCGCAAACACCGGGUCUGAGGCGGAAUUCUCCUGCCUGUUUUCAGCCGUCAUCAGUACUAGUGAAAAGGAGACUAUCAAAGCCGCACUGUCACGUGUGUGUGGAGAGCGCGUGUUCUCGGCAGCCGGGGCGGGUUACAAGAGCCUCUGUGUUGUCCAAGGCCUUGUUGACAUUUAUAUCUUUUCAGAAGACACCACCUUCAAGUGGGACUCGUGUGCUGCUCAUGCCAUACUCAGGGCCAUGGGUGGGGGAAUGGUAGAUUUAAAAGAAUGCUUGGAAAGAAAUCCAGAAGCGGGGCUUGACUUACCACAGUUGGUAUAUCACAUGGAAAACGAAGGUGCUACUGGAGUGGAUCGCUGGGCCAACAAGGGAGGACUGAUUGCAUACAGAUCAAGGAAGCAGCUGGAGAUGUUCCUGAGCCUCCUCAUCCAAAAUCUGGCAGCUGUGGAUACACAUACAUAGAUGGACUCUGUCCUCAUGUACUUGUAAACCAAGCUGUGAAACUAUCUCCCACAUCUCUAUCUUUUGAAGAUAGCUUUGUCCUAUUGAUGGUCAACAUUCACCUCCUCUUUUGAGGAGUAUUUUUCCAUUAUGUGUUCAUAAUAAUAUUAAUUUCAAUAAAUGAUAUUCAUGCAGCA